CGGGAUUCGAUGCGUGGGCAACGCUCUGCCAGAUCAUCUAUUACUCCAUUGGUCGUUCACAGCAACUUGCACCAAGCAGGUGAGAAUAUUCGACAAGGAGCUAAAAAUUCACACAUGCCCAGCCACUUGCCCACGCACAAGCCUUCCCCUUUGGGCCGCGCCACCAAUGACUCUCCCCGCGCCACAACUCUAGCCCCACCAAGACGCACAAUUAUCGCCAAAAUUUCCAAAGCACCACCAUCUCCAAUCCGACCUCGUGCUGGCCCAUAUUAUAUCCCCCCCUUCCCUGAUUAUUUCCUCAGCCUUCCAGCAUCAGGAUCACCGACAAAAUGAGACCCAUCCUUCUUGCCGGGCACGAGCGUGCUCUCACCCAGAUCAAAUACAACCUCGAUGGUGAUCUCAUCUUCUCCGUCGCAAAGGACCAGCAGAUCUGUGUCUGGUUUUCCCACAAUGGCGAGCGUCUAGGAACCUACCACGGCCACGUCGGUGCUAUCUGGACCGUCGACGUCGACCCUACCUCCACCAUGAUCGCCUCUGGCUCAGCCGACAACACCAUCCGCCUGUGGGAGGUCAAGACCGGCAAGUGCCUCAAGACUUGGGAGUUCCCCACCGCCGUCAAGCGUGUCGAGUUCAACGAGGACGGUACCAAACUGCUGGGCGUUACUGAGAAGCGUAUGGGCUACCUGAGCAACAUCGUCGUCAUCGACAUCAACCCGGACAUCAACGCCGAGCAGACCGACGAGAGGUCCCUGACCAUUGUUUGCGACGAGAGCAAGGCCACUGUUGCUGGCUGGAGCCAGGCCAGCCAGUACAUCAUCGCCGGCCACGAGGACGGCAGUGUCAGCCAGUACGAUGCCAAGACUGGCGAGCUGCUGGACAAGGUCACUGCCCACGAGCUGGACAAGCCCAUCGUCGACCUGCAGUGGUCACCCGACAGGACCUACUUCAUCACUGCUUGCCGAGACAAGACUGCCAAGCUUAUCUCUGCUCGCGACCUCGCCACCCUCAAGACCUACACGGCAGACACCCCUCUCAACAGCGCCACAAUCACCCCCAAGAAGGACUUCGUUAUUCUGGGAGGUGGUCAGGCCGCCAUGGAAGUCACCACCACCUCCGGCCGCCAGGGUCGAUUCGAGGCCAGAUUCUACCACAAGGUUUUCGAAGACGAGAUUGGUCGUGUCCGUGGUCACUUCGGUCCCCUCAACACUGUUGCUGCUGACCCCACUGGCCGAAGCUAUGCCUCUGGAGGAGAGGACGGUUAUGUCCGUGUCCACCACUUCGACAAGGGCUAUUUCGAUUUCAACUACGAGGUUGAGAGGGAGCGCAUGAACCGACUGGAGUAAACGGACGGACAGAAGAAAAUUACCUCUUGAAGGAAAGAAAGAAUCUUUUUUCAUCCUCUGUUUUCGUUUCAUUUUGGCCUAGAUAAACCAAAGAAGAAGGGAAGAAAUAUAGAGAGGGAAGGGGAAGGGGGAAAUGAAAAAGGGAAGACAGAAAUGAUCAGUCUGUGUUUUGAUUAUUGCGGACUGCUUGCUUGCUUGCUUGCAUGCGUUAAACAUAUUGUACGGCGUUUUGGGAGGGCGGAAAGGGAAACAAACAAAGUCUUCUUACUGGAAGGGAGAAGUGGGAUGCUUGAAUUCCCGUAUGUAAUCCUUACUAGGUGUCUCUUUGUUGCUGUAGAGAGAGGAUAAAGAGAGAAAGAAGAAGAGAAAAAAACAAGCUGUCAACGUCAAAAGCGAUAAAUUUGAUACAUGGAAAUGUGCAUAUCACCUAGAGCAUUGCAGUAUAGCUAUCCCCUAUCCCCUAUUCGAGAAGAUAUAAUACAUGCACGUGUUUUC